GUGUUGUAGACGCACCAGAGCUUCAGCUUCAAGCGAGCCAUCACUAGUGAGCAGAAAUGGACAAAAAAGGACGUAUUUUGAACGGCAAGUUCAAUUUUAAAGCAAUGCCAGAUGGAUCUGUUGACAAGACCAAAGUAAUUUGUAUUUACUGUCGAUGUGAACUACGUUAUCACCGUAGCACGUCCAGUCUCAAAUACCAUUUGCUAGCCAAGCACACAGCUGAAGCAGAGAAACUCCCUCGCCAAAUGCAGACCAUGCUGGAUAGCUUUCAAAGGAGACGUAUGGACAAUUCUACAACCAACAAACUUUCAACAGCCAUAGCAAAAUGGGUGGCUACAGCUUGGAGGCCGAUUGACAUUGUGGAGGAUGAGGGGCUACUUGAAAUAAUUCGCAUAGCGUCCAACGACUGCACGUAUGAAUUGCCUUCGAGAGCCAACACUGUAGCCAAGAUCCACAACUUAUAUGAAGAUGAGAAAGCCAAAGUCGAGGAGGCUUUGGGGCAGACCAAUACGGUUGCACUCACUGGAGACUAUUGGACUUUUCGAAGUAAUCACAGUUACCUUGGAAUAACAGCACAUUAUUUUUCACCACAGUGGGAACUAAAGUCGCAUGCUCUGACUGUUAAGGAGACAGAGGAGCAGCACUUCGCCGACACGUGCGCCGAGCAAUUUCUGCAGGUAGCUAGACAGUGGGGAAUUGAGCAUAAAGUCAGCACGCUGACCACUGACGGUGCAUGCAACAUGGUUGCAGCGGCCAGUCAGCUACCUGUAGAGCAUAUGCCUUGCAUCGCACACAGCCUCCAUCGAGCCAUCGCAGUUUCUCUACAGAACAGUCCAUUUAACAGCGCAUUGGCAAAAUGCAGAAAAGUCAUAGGCCAUUUCAACCAUAGCCCACCGAACGCACUGGAGCUCGAACAACAGCAAAUUGCACAUUUUCAUAAGAAAGAGUCACUUACACAGGACGUAUCAACAAAAUGGAACAGUACCCUGGAGAUGAUCAAGCAUGUUCUGAGAAAUCAAGAACCACUGAGAGAUGCACUGGCACUACAUCCAACUAAUGUCACAAUGCCAACAACAGCUGAAGUGGAGAAACUGAAGAAGCUGGAGACGGUUCUUGAACACUGCAGGUAUAUAACUGAACUUUUGGGAGGGGAGAAGUUUGUUUCCUGCUCAGUGGUGCUGCCAGCUUUGUGUCACCUGUCGCGAGUGAUGGAGGUCUCUGAGUAUGACCCAGCUUACAUGGUUAAAUUCAAGGAGACCUUUAAAGCAGAAAUGGAGAAGCACAAGGAAAAAACUAACAUCAUGUGGCUCAGGGUAGCAACAGCACUGGAUCCUAGGUUUAAGGGUCUUAAGUGUCUAAGCAGACCUGACAGGGCUGAGGUGUGGCGCUUGAUCAGUGCGUUGCUCAGGGAGAGGCAGAGGCCUGCACAGCCUGAACAACCAGCAACAUAUGAGCCAUCUAAGAAAAGAUCAGCUCUCAUGUUUGCCUCAGAGUCUUCAUCUGAUGAAGAGGAGGACUAUAUUGAGAAAUGUGUGGAGCGAUACAGGGCAGAGCCAACUAUUGACAUAGAGGACUGUCCCCAGAAAUGGUGGUCCAAGCAUGAAGGGGCACAUAGUGAGAUGGCCUACCUUGCACGCAUGUACUUGGCAACACCUGCCACAUCCAUACCAUGUGAGAGGUUAUUUUCACUUUCUGGGCAUGUUUUUCAGAACAAGCGAGCUGCCCUGUCAUCUGAAAAUGUUAAAAUGCAUGUCUGUUUGAGCAAUUGGGUUAGUGCAAAGUAAUAGUGACAACCCAUGUACUGUAUGUUCUAGGGUUGUUUUUUUCUUUGUUUCUCCUAUGUGCUGUUUCCAUGUUCAUGUUUUAUUAGGAAAAAAGGAGGAAGAAGCUUGGGUUGCUCAGCCUCUGCUUAAAAAAAAAAACUGGAGAGCAAAAAGAGGAAAAAUGCUAACGCUGCAAUGCUCAGCAACUAUGAGGUGUUCAAACUCCUCACAGACCUGAAGGAGCAGAGAAAGGACAGCGGGAAGCACAAACACAGCGUCGGGCAGCAGAACCUCAACACCAUCAUGUAUGAGACGCUGAAGUACCUGUCGAAGAUGCCCUGCAGCAGACAGAGCCCUGAGAUCGUCAAGGAGUUUCUCACCACCAUGGUGCCGCACAAACUCACAAAGGCAGAAAAACUACAGCUCCUGAACCACCGGCCUCUGACUGCAGUGGAAAUCCAGCUUCUGGUAGAAGAGAGUGAAGAGCGACUAUCAGAGGAGCAGAUUGAGGAGCUUAUCCAGACAGUCACAGAUGUCCUACCGGGAGACCCAGAGCAAGAAAACGCAGCUCCAGCAGACACAGAGAUGGAUGACGGCGGCGAACAGUCAUGACACCAUGACAGGCCAGAACUGGAGAUAACUGCCGAACUGGAUGGACUGUGAUUAUUUGCACGACUAAUUGAACUGUGCAUGAUGGGAUACAUGCUGCCCGACAGCUUGAUAAUUCACAUCAAGUUGACCUGUUACAUAACCAGAAGAAGAUAUACUGAUUGUUUCUCUAUGUGCAUUCAUACUACAUAGCUGCAUUAAAUCAAACAGGGUAGUGUGUCACAAUUGGAAUUAUUGGACUCUGAUUUCCAAAGCUGCAAUGUUAGACAGUUGUGCGAUUAAACUCAAGCUGGUGCAGCAUAAAUGUAAGAUCAAACAGUAUGAUUAGAUUGGCUGUGUAAUAACGAAGAACAAUAUAAGCCAGGAGGUUGUCACUCAACUCUUAUUCACAGUUUGCGAAGCAAUGAUUUUAAAACAUGCUGACACUUUAUUUUGCCCUUUGCAUUACAAAGAGAUGUAACAGCUGAAAUAAGCAGCGGUUGUUUGUCAUUUUGGAUCACGCAGAAAAGUUGCAGCCACUAUGUCUGCUUUCAGGUAUGGCUGCAGGGCUUACCCUGAGCGUAGUUGUCAGUACUGCAGGACAUGUUUCACAGAGAUGUGUUUCUGUAACUGUGCAGAGGUUACACGGGAUAUAAACUACAGGUUUGCAGCACAAACUCUUUAACCACAGGCCCUGGAUCUACUCCAGUUUUGUUUUGUUUUUACUUUCGUGUUGUAGUAGAGGAAGGAUGUGCUGGUUAGACUCAUGUAAAUUUCUGCUUUUGGGCUUCCUGUUGACAUGUCACAUCAGUUUCCUGUGCUUGCUAAGUACCUCACCGAGGCGGGACACCUAAGUGAAGUGAACACUGAUUUUUUUGGACAGCACAUCUGAGCGCGCCAAGCCCCCCAACCCAGCCAAAUCGGUCAUGCUUGUAAAUGUAAACAGGAGGAAUACUUUAUUAAUUUCUAUAUGACAAUGACAGUUAUCGCUGUUACUUUCAUUCUUACGAUAACAAACUACCAAAUCCGACAGUUUUACUGUACUAUUAAUUUUGUUCUGCAGUCAAGACUGGUAAGAACACAGUAAAAGUGGAAGUAGGCAACAUAUCUUUGGCAUCAUUGGGGGAAAAGAUUGACAUAUUAUUGUAAUUAAAGUGUUCCAUCAGAGGACUACGCUUGUGUGAGGGGAUUUUUUUUUUUUUUCAGAUUUAAAUAG